UUCAUCGCUUCGGCACGAGUGGCUGUUCCUCUUCUCCAACGAAUCCGGAAUGAAGCCCGAUACUCCGCUGGAUUCUGUGGUGUUUCAGCUCGACGAAUCUCGCUCCAGAUGCGAGCUAUGGGUUGCCGCUGGAGAGUCCACCGAGAGAUUGGCCUCUGGAUCCUUGAUGCCAUUUCUAGCGCAUCUCGACACGGCGCAAGAGCAGCUCGCGAAUGAUUGUAGCUCCAUCGAGCUGCAUUGUCCACAUCAAGGCGCUUCCUGGUUCACCAAAAGAACCAUCGAAAGGUUCGUGAGAUUUGUGAGCACGCCCGAUGUGUUGGAGCGUGUGAGCUUCUUGGAGACGGAGCGCAUGAAACUCGCUGAAGCGAGCAGCAUCUUGAUAAGCGAAUCACCUCACGUUGGAGCCUGCCUCCCACUCCCAGUUCUCGAAUCUGGAAACGCAGGCAAGGAAAAAGUUGAGCAAGCCAAAGCGCAGGCUCAUGCAGAGGCAGAGGAGCAUUCAAUGGACACCCUGGAGGUUGAAACUGAGUCUUCAAGGAGGCACUUGGUAAAGGCGAUGGAUGCACGGCGACUUAUUCUGGAAAAGGAGCAAAGGAGUGCAUUUGCUCGUGCAGCGGCAGCGGGCUUCACCAUUGGUUCUCUGCCUGACUUGAUCGCUUUCGCAGGCUGCUUUGGUGCCACCCGGCUGAGUGAGGCCUGCUCGAAGUUUGCGGAAUUGCAUAGGAAACUACUUGAUCCGGACGUUCCAGCGGAAAAACUGGAGGAAAAAUCAGACACUCGGGCUUCUACAAAACUGGAGGAAAAAUCAGAGACUCGUGCUUCUACAAAACUGGAGGAAAAAUUAGAGGUGGAAGUACAGGCUGAGGUUGGGGUGAAAAACGUUGGAAGGAGAAGGGUAUGGGGACCACCUGUCGCUGAGAUCCCACUACAGAUGCCGUUGGAAAGAGUGAAUGGUAGUGUACCUGAGUCCGAAGGGCCGGAUUGGAAAGAUGGCGCAUUUACUCCCGAUGACUCCGACUCGCCACAAAAGUCCACUGCUUCCGGAGGCCGUGAAUCUGAUUGGGAAGACAAGGAAGGCAGCAGUGAGAACCCCGUUUACGCAAAUGUGCUCGGUCAACUAAGCGGGAAAGACGCCGACAGUGGUGAGGCUGGGGAGGCCAAGUCCGCAUCCAACCAGGUGGAUGCGUCUGCAGUUCGAAGAAAAGGGAUCGUUGUCAUCAAGAACCUCAAGUUUCCGCAGACCGGAGCAAGCAGCAUCAUUGCAAAGCAGUCAGACACAGAGAGCGACAGAGACAGUGAGAAUGAAACAAAAGGUGGCAGUGGCGGACGGCUCAGCGUUCAGGCAGCCAUUAGUCUGUUUGAAACCAAGCAGAAAACAUCCAGGGAGGUUUCGAGACAACAGGUGGACACAAAGAAUGUAGAUAGGAAGACGUCGGAUCCUCCAACACGUACAGGAAAGCAAGACCCAGCGGCAAGUGACGGACACAAGUACGCACUCAAGCACAAGCACACACCGCGGGAACUUCUAAGUGACGAUGUCAAGCGCAAAAGCAUGCUUACCGAAAGUUUACAGUUGGGUUUGCCGAAGAGAGACCGCGAUUUCAUUCUGCAAAAGUCAAGUUUAGAUAGCAAGGGACAAAGAGGACAUACUAAAAUGGACGCUGUGAAUGAUCUGGCUAGGACUCGGAAGGAACAGGUUGAUAGAACACAAAAAGAGGGCGGGAGCCGUCAGAACACUACAGCAAAAACUGCAGACGAGAUUAGAAAAGAGUUGCUUAGUAGGACUCAGCAAAGAACAGGUGCAAGCAACCAGAGCACAGUAAAAUCUGCGGACGAAAUCAGCAAGGAACUGCUUGAUAGGAGCUAUACGUGCUUGCUGAAAAUAAACUCUGUUGUGCAAGACGCCUUGUUCUCUGCUUCGGCCUUGCGACAGACUAAAAAACCGGAACAGCCCAAGGCAAAUGUCGAAACAGAUAGCGACAGCAGGGAAUGGAGAUCACUCUCGAAUGUUUCCAAGUUCGGUUUAGACGACAUCUUCCUCGAGAAUAACGUUUCAACCAAGGAAGCCUCUCGGAGACAGUCAUUGUGCACUCCAGCAGAGUAUGACGGUAAAGCCAAUAGCGACGACGUAAUGGCAACAAGAGCUCCUCACGAGCAUGAGAAGGGAAGGUUUUACGACCAGUAUCAAGAAAUACGAGCCGCAAAAUACAAGAAGGAAUCGACACACUUGAAAGCAGAGCGAGAAUCGAAGCUGAGAGCAAUGCAGGAUGUUUUGGAAAGGCGCAAGACAGAACUUAUGGGAAAAAGCACGCGGCUCCCAGAAAAGAACAAUACGAUGACAGUUGAGCAGAUACGGGCCAUAAAGCUUCAAGCCACGAAAAACGUCGUGAAAAAGGAUGUGCGCUUAGACUCCAUCAAAGCUCUGCAAAAUGAAAAGUCAGGGACCCGGACUAGAACUUCCAACGUUCUGCGCUGCAAGCAAGAGUCAUCUCCAAGCUCUACAACCUCAUCCACAAGAAAAAUCUCACCUGGUCCUCCGAAGCCACUAGCAACUCCAAGGAACUUCGGACGCUUAAGUUCCUCUCCACGUUCGAAGCACUUAUCGAGUGGACCUCCUGUAAGUCAAAGAAGAAUGCCGAAUUUUAUGAGUCAGUCGGUUAUCGCUGAAAGCUUGCAUACUCAAGCAGACCUGAGAAAGGAAAAUGCCAAGCCUUUUACGGGGAGAAACAGCUUGAACACGAUUCAUGAGGCUGGCCAACCGUCGAGAUAUUCUCAGUCCCGGGCAGACAAGGUGAACCGAAACUUGGCACUUGAAACUUCUCCUUCCAACGGGGAGAUUAAGAGACUGGGUGGGAAGGGAAGAACGGACGCCAGGGACAGCCAGAUUCUAGCUCCACUCAAAGUUCCUCGAGACCUGGCACCAGAAAAAGGCAGGGUGAAACAGGAUUUGCCAAAGGCUCAAGGCGUACCAAGGAUUGUGAUUCCUAGACCGUCCAACUCUCCAGUCUCUUCUGGUUCGAAGCCCGGAAGUGUUCCUGAGCCGAAGUGUGAAGCCGGAAAAACUGGUACUGUGGAAAGGUCCACACCAGUCUCCUCGACGAAGUCCAGCGACGAGUGCAUCAAGCAGAUCGUAAGCUGUACUAGCAAGGAUAGAAACGAGCAGGCACCUGAGGACAACCCUUCCAAGACUUUGGCUUCCCCUGGCCUCCCGGCUGAAGCUCCACAGGUCUCUCUGGUCAUUACGAACGUCAAAAGUGAGAGCUUCAAAGAGCAACCAAAGUCGGAGGAGCCUUACACUUCGAGCGAGAUCAAGUUCGAGGCGUUUGUCUCCAAGGAUUUCGAGGACGACGUGCAGAUCGACGAGGCUCUGGAGAAAUGCAUGUCCGGGAGAUCUUUCCUGGACGGCAUCUCCGCUUCUCCACUCACGACGUACGAGACCACCACCACCUUGGGAAUCAAAGGCAUUUGCUGCAGCAAACAGGAUCUCAUCAGUUCUUCGCUACGCACAGGGCCAUCGUCGCAAAGUCUACCUCAUUUGCAGCGAUCGCUCUCCCCGUCAUCGCUAGCAUCCUUUCGAAACGACUUCGCUGCCAAGGAGAUCAAGGCCCUUUGCAAAGAGCAUCACCAGCCCGUGGCACACAAGGACCAGCCCAAGGGAUUGAAGCGCCUCCUCAAAUUCGGACGUAGGAGCCGAGCGUCGGACAGCAAUGCGGGGGAAUGGAGCACGUUCAACGAGGAUUUCAUCGUAAACAGUACCCGAUCGAGCAAGAAGAACGCGGCGGUGGAGGAACCCUUGCCCAGGACGGCCGGAUCCAGCGCCGGGAGCAGCGUGAGGCGGAGCUUGGAGGCGCUGCCAAAGAUUGCCGACGCUGCGAGCGAAAUAUCAGCCAGGAAUUUCUUCUCCACUUUCCGGAGCAAGAGCAACGCCAGUGAAUCCCGAUCUAGGGCUUGAGAGCUCCGCGCGAAUGUGAACUGGGAAUAGGUAUAGAGAUGGAAAGAAAAGAGAAAGCUCGGAUACUUUGUGGUGUGAACUCAAAUGAAAGGAUAUUCGAUUCCAAACGGCCCUUACCGCGCGGCAUACAGCCACAUGGCGUACAGCGCUGCACGGUCUGGCAGUAACAUCAAA